UGCGGGAACCGUUCAGCUGUUUCCCCCCCAACUCUCUGAAAGGCAGUGGAGCAUCUGUGGGCGAGCGUGUUACUGCCCAACUUUCAGUGCUGCGAGGACGCAGGAUUCCUCGUGGAGUGUUUCUCUCUUUGUUUUCCGUCUUGGAAGGUGGUGAUCCCAACUUUUCAUCGCAUUUUUCUGUUUAAUAUGAGAAGAUGUCCAUGAAUGAGGUUUACGUGUUUCGCCCAUUCAAACUGAUUGCUCUGCUAUGUGUGUUUCUUGCUCUCUGCCUGGACGUAGUGGCACUGCUCAGCCCAGCAUGGGUCACAGCCGAACAGUACUCUCUGUCGCUAUGGGAGUCCUGCAAGAAAGAAGCGUCAGCCUGGCAAUGUAUUUCAACUCUCAGAACUGACUGGCAGGUUGCCACACUGGUGUUGCUGUUGGCUGGGGCGGCUGUUACACUGGUGGCUUUUCUGAUAGCCCUCAUCUCUCUGUGCAAUGGAGACCAGAGGAAACACUACCGCACAGUCGCCAUCUUCCUCUUCACUUCAGUGGUCCUGCAGGCCUGUGCACUGGUUCUGUAUCCAAUCAAAUUUAUCGAUGGCACCGUGCUGCAGACGUACCAUGAAUUCAACUGGGGUUAUGGCCUGGGUUGGGGCUCUACCAUCUUCAUGCUGGGGGCAGGAAUCCUAUUCUGCCUCCGGACUGACAUGUACGAGGAAGCUCUUUACUAAUCAACUCUGGCUAUUAUUAGACAGUUAACAGAACUAUUAUUACACUGGACUGCUGAGGUGCUUGUAGAAGAGAUGAGGUUUCUUGAACAGGUGUAUGGAGAAGCUAAAACUAUUGGAGACCAUCGCAGAAGGAAACAUGGAGAAGAUAUUUCCAGUAAACCCUCUGCUUUUCCUUUUGUUGUUGUUGUUGUUUUAGGAUUUUAAUUUUUGUGUGUUUUUUUUUGCUACUACAAAAUGCACAAUGUGUUUCAAGGAAGUGUAUAUUGACGUAAUUUCCUUUAUCUCCUCUAUUUAGAUAUACUUAUCUGACCUAAACAAUCUGGCAUUUUUUAAUUUGUUUUCCUUUUCUGGACAUCCCUUCCCUGGACAGAAUUUGUAUAAGAUUUCCAGAGCAGAAGAAUAAGGUUGAUGCGUGUGGAACUAUACUAAAAUGGGUUAUAUUGACAGUGAAAAAUAAAAGAUGAUGGUGCUCCCUCAAUGCGCAAAGCAUGAGUUCCAUAUUAAUGUAUUUAAAAUGGCAGAAGAAUAUGUUUAAAUGAUUCAAGUCAAUAUGCAAGUAGCGUAUGAUAUUUAUUUUUAAGUGUUUUUGAACCGUAUUCCACACAAUACUGUACAAUACAACAUUUCACACAAGACAAAGUGGAAGGGAUUCAAGAUCAAGAUGAGAGUAGUCACACAUUAGUAGAAAUUGUGAAGUAAAAUGCUCAUCAAUGACAAAGAGACCAGAAAUAACAAUAUGCAUGUCACCAGAAACACUAAGUAGCGUUUUUUUUAAUACCUAAUUUAAAGAUGCAAUGUUUAAGUAUGUCCACAUUGUUUAUAUACUAUAAAUAGUAGAGCAAAAGACAUAAGUUGUUAAGUAAGAAGAACAAGGACAUAAGAAUCGUUACAAAGCUAUUAUUCCUAUCUUACUUAUUUAGCUGCCAAUUGCUAAUUGCUUCAAUGAUCUGCUCCAGUCAUCCCUUGAAGAAUGCCAAGGUAUAAAUAUCAACAAUAUGGAUCGGUAACAUAUUCCAGAAACCAAUAAACCUUUGUGUAAAGACA